AUGGACGCCGUCAAGCGCUUCUUCUCGUCUCCGCGGUUUGCGGUCGCCGGAGCCAGCAAUGACGCCAACAAGUUCGGCUACAAAAUUCUGGCCUGGUAUCAUCAGCACUCGCUCCCCGUUACUCCGCUGAACCCGCGCGCCGCCUCCAUCCAACUGCCCUCGCAGACCUACGCGACGGUCGCAUCGCCGGGGGCGCUGCCGGCUCCGUCGCAGACGUCGCUGUCGGUGGUGACACCCCCGGGGAUAACGCUGCCUCUCCUCCAGGAGGCUCACUCGGUCGGGAUCCCGGCUGUCUGGCUACAGCCAGGCACUUUUGACGAUGCCGUGCUGACCUUUGCGCGCGGUCACUUCGAGGCGGUCAUUGCGGGCGACGGAGGCCGCGGAUACGAAGGCUGGUGCGUGCUGGUGGACGGCGAGGAGGGACUGGAGGCAGCUGGAGUGCAGUGGAGGAGUCAGAAGUUGUAG